GAUACAUUUGUACUUUCUCAUUACUAUAUAAUACAUUGAUUUAGGUAAAUAAAUCUUUGGUGGGAAUAUUUCAUUUCUAAUAGUGUUGAUACUCCAUUUUUCAAUUUUACCGAAAUUCGAAAUGGAAGAACGGUUGACUCGUUUUAAAUUGUUGAUUGAUUUUAGAUGCGAAUAUGUACCAGGGUAAAUAAAAGGUUACAAUCGCUAAAAUUAUAAUGUUAUAGUUAUCGAGCUUUAUCGCAUUAAAUGUACUGUUAUUGGCAGGCAUACAAAUCGUAUCGAUAUAUAGAAAGAGUUAAAAGAUGGAGAGUAAAGAAGAAAGAGUACAAGUAACAAGAGAACAAAUCAGGCAGAAAAGAUAUAAGGUGAAUAAAAAAAGUAAAGGAAAGAAAGAUCGACGAAGAACACGAAGGGUAAAAAAUUAAUUAGAACAACAUUCGUUUAAUGAUUGAAAGAAAGGAGGCAGAUAAAAGUAUAUAUAUUCCAAUCUAGAUUCACCGUUGCCAAAGUAUCAGAAGGUCGUUGUUCUACUUUUGUAAAAUGUAUUCACGGAUAUGCCGAAAUGAGAUUGAAUAAAUUGAGAAUGACUACAUUGAAUUCAGAUUAUUUGGAUUACUCGGACUGGAAUCGAACUAGAUAUCAGGUUUGUCUUAAAAGUAUGCGAAUGCAAAUAAAUUUGCAAAAUAUUGGUCAAGAUAGGCGAACGAUGGACGGUCAUAGGAGUAAGUAGAAACAGUCAGCGUUUGGUUAGCCAAAGGGAGGUAGAAUGGAGCAAAACGGAGAACAGAACGUAUAUGGGGUGUAGAAGGAAGAGUGGGCAAGGGAGGGUAUUAGUCACUAGAGAACAGGUAUCCGCCGUAGGCGUCGUACGUUCAUUGAUAAGCGUAUGACGCCCCGUGCCUUAGACUCGUGACGUCACUCAAUCGCACAGACGCCUGCGCUUCUAUCAGGGCCGUGUCUAUCGUACGGUUCUUGUCCCCAAAUUUGCUUUCUUCUUUCUACGUCUCUUCGACUACGUAAGUCGGUUCCAACUACUUCGCGGAGUGUAAACCAAUAAUUGGAUACUAAAUAUAAAUGCCGACAAUUCCGUAUUGACUGUAUUGCUCCGUUAUAAAUUCUUUUACGUUCCUCAGGUACGGUCACAAAUAUCAUGUUGGAUCACACAGGGAAAAAGAGGGGAGAAGAUGGAAAGAGAAAGUUUCUUUAAUUGACGAAUCACAAAGUUCUUGCACGUUUAAGUUUUCAUACUACGAUUGCUUUAAUUUCGUUUUUUAUUUUUUAACCACGUAGAUGGCUGCUCCAUUGAAAAAUAAAACGGAAUGAAAGGAAAUUGUACACGGGAUAGCGAGCGAGAGAAAGAAAAUAGGCGUAGAGGGGUGGAGCAUAGACGAACAUAGGCACACUGGCAGCCCUGCCGCCUGCCUUCGACGGCCGAGCAGAUCUUGGGGCUUGUACGGGAUGAUAGCCGAGUGAAAAAGCUCGCGAGUCCCGUGAAGUUCGCUCAUCAGCAGCAGCAGCCCUGGCCUGCCACAAUCCCUUCGACUCGGUUAUCGUAAGUGUCGUGCAACCCCGUAAAAAAAGCGUAAGCGAAACGAGACAGGCCGUGAUUAAACCGAAACGAGAGAUUGUGUAAGAUCGUAUGAUAGAAGGGAAAGGAAAAGGGGAAGGUUUGUUAGUUUCGACUAAGGAAAGAAGAAAUAGAGAGAUAGAGAGAGAGAGGGAGAGAGAGAGAGGAAGAGAAUGAGCGAGUGAACAAAAGGUAUGCCUGGGUAUGUGUCUGCGCGUGAGAGAAACGAAAAAAUCUAUUACCGUAGUACAUGUCACGAGUGUCCGUCCGUAAAAAGUGUCGAAACAGAAGGUUUCUUCGAGGAUCGCUAAAUGUCACUGGAAAAUUUCACCUUCCGAUUCCGUUCGAAUUACUGGCAAGAUAAGGUAGAACAUUUUUCACGGUACCGUUGCAACGACGAUAAAAAUACAGAAUGCUAAUGGAACGAGCAAAGGAAUAAAUUUGGUGGAGAAUUCGGUGUAAAACUAUUAACGUUAAAAGAUCGUGAAUGAAGAGGCAGAAAGGGUGACGGUGACGGUGGCACGGUUAUCAUUGUAACCAUAUAUUGGAACUCGUGAAGAAAUGCAUCGAAGGGUUGCUCGUGUCGCUGUUGCCCUUACUCGUGGUGGUAGCAAUUGGCAGUUCAUAGUGGUACACAGUGGUUGCACUACGUAUCGUCGUGCAGUGGUGUCCCGUGCGCACCGGGUGUAUAUGUAUACUACGUACCAUUAGUAGUGAGAUCAAUAAGCAGUGCCGUGCCACUCGACCCGUGCCCACGAACGGAAACUCAUUCUGAAUCUCUCCUUUCUUUCUCGCCUUUCAAUUCGAACUGUGGUUCACAUCCCUUCUUUUUCAACCGGAAUGUCGCAAGGUCACUUUCAUUUGUUUCCUUUCUGAAUUUUUCAUCGUCUCUUGAGAGCUUCGAAAACGAGUGUCUCUUUUUUGAACGGUCAGGCCAUUGGUCCGCUAUUUCGGUGUUGUUCCCUAUGCGUGUACCGGUGUCUAUUCGUCGCUUCCGCUCUUCACGUACAUCGACUGUUGUUUCCUUCGUCCGUUAUUGGAUUAAUCGGUACGUUUCACUUUCAUUCCUCGAUAAUAGCAAGCGUUCUUGUCUCUAUCGUUUGAAAGAAUCUUGUCGGCGAAACCUUGAGCCUCGUCAUUUUCGGUUGUAACGAACACUUUUGUGUCAUCGGCAAGCUGUAAUACACUUUCUUAGUGGUGCAUGUUCAGCUUGUUUGCUUUUAGAACCUUUCAGUAGAUCUAACCGUCUGACCACUGCGACGGGCAAUUAAUAUUUUAGCUGCAAAAUUGAAAUUUAGUUUUAUAGAAUACCUUGAAUUGCAAGAAGAGAAAUAUUCUUCAAUUUAUUAUGUACCAUAGAUAGAUGUCGUUGGUUAGAUCUUACUACUCACGCCUAAAAUUCUUCAGUGGAUUAAAAUGUCUCGUCUGACCGUGAUUGGAUCGCGAGCUGAUUUAACCGGUAAUAUUAAGCUACCGCAAUCAUAAAAUUAAUAAACCCCUCAUAAAAAAUUAAAUGACAUUUUUAUUGGAUCGCAGGGGAUGAUAGAACGCUGCUAUUCGAAUUUACAAUAAUUACAAAUUAAACGCGAUGGCAGUCGUCUAAUAAAAUUAUUUUGAAUUUCAACAUUCAGGUUCUUUCGCAUAGUUAUCGAUAAUACUUCGUCAUCUUGUCAGCAAAAUUUAAGCUCCGACCAGCAUAUUUCUCGACAAUGAUGUAAGAAAGAAACCUAUUAGAUCGCUUAAAUGCACCAGUUCAGAAUACGAAUAUUUAUUAAUUUCGAAUAACUAUUUGUAUAGCCUUAACUGUAAAUAGUAUAUUUAAGAAAUGGAUCUGAUAGGAAAAUUGUAAUUAGAGUAUGUUUCCUUGCGUUCUCGGGUAUAUUCGCGUCGAGAAUAACUUCUCCGAGUUAAUGUAUGGAAAGAAAUUCUUUUUUUCGAGAAAAUUUCCCGACAGCGUAUCGUGCGAGGAUAAUAAUCAACGCAUCGAUAAACCCGAUAAAAAUAUGUCGCCACAGACGACGGUUCACGCUUGAGUGUAAAGUGUUGAACGGAACGAAGGUCGACUUUCGAUCGUGUCCGGUGUAUUUCAAUCGAAACUUCCCCGAAGAACCUGUUGCCAGUAAUCUCAUCGAUUCAAUUUCUCCCAUUUAAGGGCAGAAUAAUCGUUAAUUCAGAAUAUCGAGCUCACUGUUUGCACAUACGUACAUACGGUUGUUUGAAAAAGAUUACUUUCACGCGUGCCACCCUCCACGUGUGGUUAUCAGACUCUGUAAAAUCGUUGCGACGUUACUGUGUGAUAUUCAGAUUAACUCCACGAUAAGAAAUAAGUUUGGUUCCUACGACGCAUCAAUGCUGUGAAGAUUAAGCGAAAAUGUAGGGAAAAUUAAAAUUUUAAAUUAAACUUUGCGUUUUCUUGAAGUUUCAGUAUGCAUAAUGUUCACUUUCACUGUAACGAUCAACGCGCUAGCACAGUAGAAUAUGUCAGCCAUGUCUGACACGGCACGCUAUAAUAUGGAGAAUUACAAAAAUUCUGAGAUAUAAGAAGUCUCAGGAAAAUUAUUCUACAUUUUUGAGUAAACGAUACGUCAUAAGAAACAAGCUAUUUCCGCAAUGUUUCUACGCUCGCUUAUCAUCAUAAUUAAGCAUUAUAAUUUUUGUUCAAUCCUCUGUAGCAAUCUCAGAAGCAAAGUUUAAUUCCUAGAGGGGAGAUGUGACUAUUUAUAUUAUUUUUAUUUACAAAUUUUCAUUUUGUUAAUUAUGAACACGUAAAAUCGUAUCAAUCGAUGUUGCAAUGCACGGAGGAUUGAAUGCGAAGGUUUUUUUCGUGGUGGAUAUACGAAGAAGGAAAGUAAGUGACUUGCACGUGGGGAAGGGAGAUAUAUAGGUUAUUAUGGGGAACGAGAAAAAAAUUCCUUUUCGCACCCAGAAAGAAUCGUACACCUAAUCGUGGGAUCGUCGUGUGCAGCCUGGCAGGCCCCGCAAAAGCCGCCAAUUAAUUAAGAUAGCUCCUAGAUACACGGUAGAUCGAUAGGGACUGGCCGUGAUAAAGACGGGCGAGGGUUUCAGACUUCAGGGAUGUUGCAGUGCUGUGGUGUUGGAGGUGGCGCUUCCACGGCACCUCAGGCUCCGCAGCUGCAGGAUACCGGAUCUGCUGUCGGGAUUACCACCUCCACGAAAACCACCAUCAUGCAGGACGCGGUUCUUGAGUCUAUCCUCGAGCAAAUGCGUGAGACGGAAGCCCGAAAAACGGAGCUGGAACGCCAACACGCAGAAGCACAGAAUCAGCUACGCGAAAAGAUAGCAGGCCGAUAUCAAGGCCCAGAAUCUGUCGAGGCAUUGCAGUCGAAGAUAAGAGAACUGGAGAAGAAGACGGAACUACAGAUGGUCAGACACGAGGAAUUAUCGUUGGAAUUGACAAGUCUGAGACGAGCACGAAGCAGAGGACCGAUGAGUCAUUCAGCGGUACCGACUUCUUGGCCUCCGGCUGGUUCUGAAAUUGACAGAAUAAUAGCAAAAAUAGAACAAGAUAAUAGUGCUAACAGGAUGAUACACGAUUUGGACCAUACUCGGGGAACCAUUACCACGCAGCAACCCUCAGUUUCACAGGGUAUUUUGCGAUCCAGCUCGGAAAAUCUUCCCAAUCUCGGUCAACAUCAACAUCCACCCCAUCCGCACGCUUUGAGCCUGGGAAUACCGACUCAGAUGAGUCACUACGCAGGUUCACCGAUGCCCCUAACGCCGAUGAUGCCCGGAUGUCCACCGCUGACCCCGAACGGGCCUCCGUAUCAUUACAGCGAACCAAUCCCACCAGCACCGUCACUUUCCACCAGUCAGUCGCAGCCAGUUUUUCAACAAAAGAUACAGCAGUAUCAGCAACCCCAAGUAACUCAUACCGAGUUGCCGAGCUCUCAUUCUCAAACUGCUCUACAAACACAACAGAAGCAACAAACGCACACCCACUUCACGAGCAGUCAGUACCAGGAGAGUUAUCCUCAUACGCAAACCUAUCAGCAGCCGCUCCAGCAGCAACAACCGCAACCGCAGCAACAUCCGGCCUCUACAACGUACCUGACAUCAUCGAGUCAAAGCGUAAUUCCUCAUUACACGCAGCCCACUCAAACCGCCCAAAGUUUUCAAUUAAACGGAAGUCAACAGGCAACGACGUAUCCAAGUUUGUCCAUUACAUCCCAUCCAAACGGAACCUAUAGUACAGGAGCGGGUAGUAGCUUUACCUCUCAGUUGUCGCAUCAUAAUUUCUCUGUUCCACAAACUAGUAUCCCACAAACAACGCUGUCGUCGUUGCCACCAUAUUCGACGAGCUCCUUUCAUUCUACCUUGGGCGCGCUUACUAGUGUACCCCAAACCGUUCUUCCUUUCUCGAGCGUACAGAGCUGUUUUGCUACUAGUGGAUCGACUUACUCUACCGUCGGGACCAAUGCUUUUGGCACGUCUGGCGUGAGCUCAGGUACAACAUCAACAGGCUUGUUACAAGCAAUAAGCGAUCCUCUUCAAGCGAUGCAGCAACUUUCUGCGCAAUCUCAAGCCAAUCAGCUGCAACAACAGGCAAUCAUUCAACAGAUUCAGCAAAGUUUACGCGCCACAUCGCCAACGGCAACAGCAACGACGGGUCAUCAUUUUCUUGGUCCAAGGCAAAUGCCAAAAAUACCAAGUAGUAUACUUUCGAAUCCCUUGGAUCGACUGACCAAUGACAAUAUCGUGCCCGAGGGUCAAGUGGAUAUGUUAGACAUACCGGGCAAGGGAAGAUGUUACGUUUAUAUAGCUCGUUUCACUUACGAGCCGUUUCAGCACUCGCCCAAUGAAAAUCCAGAAGCUGAACUGCCUGUCCAGGGUGGUGAUUAUCUCCUCGUUUGGGGACAACCGGACGAAGAUGGUUUUCUCGACGCUGAAACACUCGAUGGCAGACGAGGUCUCGUUCCAGCUAAUUUCGUUCAAAAACUCGUUGGCGACGAUCUACUAGAAUUUCAUCAAGCUGUCCUUGGCCUUAGAGACGUCGACGAUUCUGCUUCCACAAAUAUUCCUCAAGUGAGCAACUGUUAUCUACAAGAUAUCGAUCUCGAAUUAGCGGCUCUAGAAGAAGGGAAUCGGAAUCGACAGGCUGAACUGUCCGCUUACGCAGAACUGGAUAACAUCGCGGAGGAAGACGAACAAGAACCACCAGAAGUCUACCUGUUUUCGGACCUAGUUCCGGCGCCGCAGCACCUCACUCUCGAGCGGCAGCUGAACAAGAGUGUCCUAAUCGGUUGGACAGCCCCAGAAAAUACCCAUCAGCUAGAAUCGUACCACGUCUACGUAGACGGGGUGUUGAAGGUCACCGUGAAAGCAACGGAGAGGACCAGAGCAUUGGUUGAAGGGGUUGACUCUACCAGGCCACACAGAAUAAGCGUGCGUUCGGUGACACAUUCGAGAAGAACGUCACGUGACGCCGCUUGUACGAUGGUAAUCGGUAAGGAUGUUGCUUUGGGUCCAACUGCCGUCAAGGCAUCGAACGUAACCGCCACCAGUGCUGUCAUUUCCUGGAUGCCUAGUAACAGCAAUCAUCAGCACGUUGUUUGUGUGAACAACGUGGAAGUUCGAACAGUAAAGCCUGGAGUUUAUAGACACACAAUAACCGGCUUGGCACCCUCCACGAUCUACAGAGUGACUGUCAAAGCGAAGAAUUUGAGAGCGACGCACUUCGAGGACCAAAACACUCAAGCAGCUAAUAAUUUAGCAUGUCACGUCCACUUUAAAACACUACCCAAAGGAUUACCUGAUCCUCCGGUCGAUAUCCAGGUGGAGGCUGGACCGCAGGACGGCACUUUGCUAGUGACCUGGCAGCCUGUUGCCCUAAACGGUUCGGCCGUCACCGGUUACGCGGUGUACGCCGAUGGGAAAAAGGUCACCGAUGUAGACAGCCCCACUGGUGACCACGCUCUGGUUGAUAUACAUAAACUUAUGGGCCUGAAUCCAAAACAUAUUACAGUCAGAACUAAAAGCAGGGAAAGUCAGUCGGGCGAUAGUUGCGCCACUGCUAUUCCCUGCAGUGUUCUUCGCGGCGGAACUACGACCCAUUUACAACAUGGAACCACUCAUAUGCAAGAUCAAGGACAACCGCAACCCGGCAUGGGACAACCGGAUCCGCAUCGUAUGGGUGUUGUAGAUCAGAGAUAUCCAACGGCUCCUGUACCCUCUCAUAUGAGAAGACACAGAAGCACUAGAGUCGAUGCUCACGGUCAAGUUAUCAUCGAAACCGACGAGAAUUUGUCUGACAAAGAAAUUUAUCCUGGGCAGAGCAUGUCCCAGAUGGGGGUUCCAGAAAUCACCAAGGAUUCCGCGAGCGAAGCGAAUUACAGCGAAGAAGACGAUCCUUCCCGUAGAUGUAGAGGAAUGCCAUUACAUCAUGGCGGACAGCAUCGAUACGGUCCUCAAAUGGGACAACAAGGACUUCCAGGAACACAUAGAUCCGAUAGAAUGGGUGGCCCUGCUGGUAGACCUCAAGAUCCUUAUUACGAUCAACCAGGAAAUCAGAGAGGCAGGGCUCCUAGCUAUCGUGGUGGACGAGGGACACAAGCUCAAGGUGGUGCUGGUCACGCAUCGAGUAGUGCUCAACAAAUGAACAAAAGAACACGCUGGUUUGUUGCUAUUUACGAUUACGAUCCAAAAACUAUGUCGCCAAAUCCAGAUGCUUGUGAAGAAGAAUUACCAUUCUCCAAGGGCGACACCAUCAAGGUAUACGGCGAAAAAGACGCGGAUGGAUUUUAUUGGGGCGAAUGUCACGGUAGACGAGGAUAUGUCCCUUACAACAUGGUUGAAGAAAUCAAAGAUCAAAAUCAAGCUGGACAAGGUCAAGCUGGUAGAAGAGGAAGAUGGGGUGACAUUUAUGCCAAUAUGCCCGUGAAGAAGAUGAUAGCACUCUAUGAUUACGAUCCUCACGAAUUAUCUCCAAAUGUUGAUUCUCAAGUCGAAUUGGCGUUCCAAACUGGAAACGAGAUCUACGUGUACGGUGAAUUGGGUGAAGAUGGAUUCUAUAUGGGAGAACUAAACGGAGUUCGUGGUUUAGUUCCAAGUAACUUCCUUACCGAAGCUCGCGAACAACCACCGCAAGGUCAACUUCCGCCAGGAAACAGAAGACCACCAGGACAAAGUCAAGGACCCGGAGUGAGAGGACCGCCUCCUCCACCUCGAGAACCUCCUCCGCCUGGUCAUCGACGAGGCAAAGAUGCCUGCAUUGUGCCUGUGUCUGUCCCUGUCUGUCACUUAGACUCUAGACAACAACAACAACAACCAUCACUAAUGAACAACCAACAACAUGAACUCCAACAUCAACAAAACAAUCCACCGCAUCUAGCGUACCAACAAGCGAAUCACCACAGCUACACAACUGUAACCACGUCCAAUCAGCAUGGGCCCACGCCCAUGGGCGCCCAUCAACAAGGUCCCGUACCGCCCCAUCUUCAACAACAGGGGAAGGGGAGGGGAGGCGUGAUCAAUCGUCGUAGUAAUGUACCAGGAGGUAUGCAAGGUCCUGGCCAGCACAUGCAGCAACAGCAACAAGAUUACCAACAACAGAAUCAACCGUAUCAACAGCAACAGCCUAAUCAACAGAAUCAGAACUACCAACAACAAAAUCAAGGAUAUCAACAGCAAGGUCCAGGAUUUGGCCCACAGGGUCAACAGUUCCAGCAACAACCUCAACAGCAACAGCAGCAACAACAACAGCAGCAGCAACAACAACAGAAUCAACCGUACGCGCAACAGAAUCAAGGUGCUCCGAUGCAGGGUACUCAGAGCACCAGCAAACCGAUGAGAGGAAUACCGACGGUGCUGCCCACACCGCAAGCGAAAACGCAACCGAACACGACGCAGGGACAGCAACAACAGCAACAACAACAGCAGCAACAGAGUACAGGGCCGAAUCUGAUGCAAAAAUUCACGGAGAUGGCCGGUGCGAGCGCUGGCGGCGAUAUUCUGUCCAAAGGGAAAGAACUGAUUUUCAUGAAAUUCGGUCUGGGCAAGUGAGCUAUCCUCGUUCUGCUCGCGACGCCAGUUUCUUAUCCAUUUCUGUCCUAUCGCGUUCAGCUGGCUGUUUCGUGUCCUCGUCGAGAGGUCUGUUCAUAAAUCAGUAUUACUGUGAAUCGUGGAGAUCACGGAGAAACGCGAAAACCGAUCAGAUCCUUGCAAAUAUCCUUAAACAAUACGUAACGCGCGAACGUGUGCUGCCACUGCUGCUGCUGCUGUUGCUGUUGGUACGACUGUUAUUUAAUUCGCUAACGAGGCCUGGAUUGCGAGGUUCUGUUCGUAACAAACGAGAAAACCAGUCCUUCGUAUGUAUCUUCCUCGGUGGAAAGUCCACGUGUUUUACGAAGUAAAAAGAGACAAGUAUGUUAGAGUUUUUUCUAACGAGCCAGAAAUUCGUUGAUAAUCGGGGUGUUAAGAAGGAACAAUCUUUGUUAAACUCUCUUUAAUUCUCUUCUUUCAAUUAUUCAUCGUCUUCUACUUCUUGUUCCUUUUCGCGUAGUAGGAUGCUUGUCCCGUAGCAAAUUAACCUUUGCACUCCGAUUUUGCCAACGUUUCAACGUUAACUUCUAUUCAAUUUUAUUUUAUCUAAUCCUAUUUCAAAAUUAGUAACUAGUACACCAACGAAUACCGUAUGGGGAAGGUCAUGUCCCACCACUCGCCUAACCCGUUCAUUAGGCGCUUACUGUAUACUGACAGUGACUACCUCGUAUUUCGAUUAGGAUACUAUGCGUUGGGGUGCAAAGGGUUAACAUACUCAAAUUUUUGGCCAUAUAAAACGAACACAUCCAGCAGGCGUUACUUGAUGUUUCUUUAUUCUUCAAAAAUAUAAAAAUUAAAUAAACUGUAACGGAUAGAAUUUGCCUCCGAGAGCAAAAGAUUUAUCCCAUAGUCAAACAAAUGUCCUUUAUCAUUUUUAUUUGAACUAAAUAGUAAAUAAAUAGUUGUGAAACACAGCAUAUACCAACGCCUGCUCAGGGACGCGAAUAAUCUUAUAAUCAGACCAUUACAAAGAGAAAUAACUUAUGAGUUAGUUCGAUGAGAUAAUUGUUCUUGUUAUAUAGAUAUUUAUUAGCUUGAUAAUAUUUUAUCUAUGUGUAUAAAAAGAGACAGUAAGAAUACGCUUUGUGAUAUGAAAACAGCGACAUGAGAACGAGGCGAAUCGUUUCAGUGCUUCGUUGCAUCACGGAUUUUAUAAAAAAAGAAGAUAAACAGAACAGAAACAGGAUCGAAAUAAAAUGAUUACGUUCGUUCAAGUGCGAAGAAAAUUACAUAUACAAGGGAAAUAUAGAAUUUUAUAUUCUUUGUUCGAAACAAAUCACUCGUUGAGUUUAAGAUUUAAGAGAUUUAAGAGAAGGACUAGUUAAACUUUGCUACGAAAAAAAUCCUUGUUAUUCUCUGUUCUAAAUUAUGCUACGUAAAGAUAUGUUCAACGAUUGAUAUCCUAAAAGGGGAAAAUAUAAUUUGUUCGAUUGAAAGAACAACCAAAUAAGUAGCGCGACGCGAACGGAUAAAUCGUAAGAAGACUAACAAAUUGGGAAAGUAACUUCUCUUCGUACUCGAGAACGAUUACGUGAAUCAAUAAGAUACUUUACAAAACGGAAGUCGAACGAACACGACAGAUAAAAACAAGCACUUAACGUGUAAUCGACCGAAGAGUUUAUAAUACAGCGACUCGUAGAUCAGAUUGAACUACGACGUAAAUAUAUAAAUAUAUAAAUAUAUAAAUAAACGACAGGUGAUGGGGUUUGAAUUCGAUAAACGAAUGAAAUUACCGGGAGAUGAAUGUGGACAUACGGGAAAUCAUAGCAUUACACAUGUUACGAUAAAAGAGAUAUAAAUAUAUACAUAUGCAUAUACUAAUGUACAUAUAUAUACAUAUA